AUGCUAGCCUUCGUGGCCAGCGCCUCUACAGCCGUUAGGCUGUUUGUCUUCUGCGGGAGGGAGAACUAUUUGGGCACAACGGGCACCGACUACGGCGGGGAGAGGCCGACGGGAAGCCCCGCCCCGGAGGCCCCGCCCCCGGGCCCGGCGUUAAUAAGGCCGAUUGGGCGCCGCGCCGCUGUGGGCGCCCGGCUGGUGUCAGAGCCCAGGCUGUCGCCGGCGGCCUUUGGAGCGGUGAUGCUGAGCUACGCCGCGCGCCUGCGCGUUCUCGGAGCCCUACGCGGCCUGCCGGGGACCGCGCCCCCGCUGGCAGGGGACCCUCGGCCCGCGCGGAAGUCGUUUUCUACUGAGAAAGUCACUCUUAAGGACCGUUCUCUCCCCAACCCGAGCUGGAGCAAGGAUUUAAGACUUCUCUUUGACCAGUUCAUGAAGAAAUGUGAAGAUGGUUCCUGGGAAUAUUUGCCUUUUUAUACUUCUAAAUCUUCUCACAGGAGUCAAGACCUGAAAAACAGGUGCCCUGAUUUGAACCUAAAAGAAGAACAAAACUCCGAGGCCCGGCUCUUCACCAGAAGCUAUGAGGAGGGCCUGGGCUUUGAAUAUGCGAUGUUCUAUAAUGAUGUUGAGAAAAGGAUAGUUUGCUUGUUUCAAGGAGGUCCUUACCUGCAAGGAGCACCGGGAUUUCUUCAUGGAGGUGCCACUGCCACCAUGAUUGAUACUACUGUUGGUAUGUCUGCAAUUAUUGCUGGAGGAAUUGUCAUGACCGCCAACCUUAACAUCAAUUAUAAAAGACCUAUCCCUCUUUGUUCUGUUGUUGUGAUCAAUAGCCAACUUGAUAAAGUUGAAGGAAGGAAAUUGUUCUUUUCCUGUAGUGUUCAAAGUGUUGAUGAGAAGACCCUAUACACAGAGGCAACAAGCUUAUUUAUAAAGCUGGACCCUAACAAAAGUUUGACAUAAAAGAGCUCCUGUUGAAUGCCACACCAAUCGCGAAAGACUGUCUUCUGGAAUAAGCUGUCAUCCUGGGCCUACUCCCCCACACUGUUGAGGCCCCCACCAGCAGAAGCCUGCUAACACUGACCUUCUCCAGAGAGCCUGAGUACCACUAACUCCAGGAGUUUCCACCAUCUAAACUUUUUAAUACAGAAACACUCCUUGUGAGA